AUGUCGGAGUCCAAGCCCAAGUCACUACACCUCACGGCAUUCAUGCGGCCAGUCAGCUUGCAUACCAGUGCAUGGCGAUAUCCAGGCGCCUAUCCAGAUGCCAACUUUAACUUCACUCAUCUCAAAUCCUUCAUUCAGAAGCUGGAAGAGGCCAAAUUUGACGCCUUCUUUAUGGCCGAUCACCUAGCUGUAUUGAACAUGCCGGUCGAAGCGCUGAAGCGAAGCCAUACCGUGACGUCUUUCGAACCAUUUACUCUCCUCUCGGCCUUGUCGGUCGUGACCGAGAAAAUUGGUCUUGCGGCCACGGCAUCCACCACGUACGACGAGCCAUACCAUAUCGCCCGUCGCUUUGCCUCGCUGGAUCAUCUCAGCAACGGCCGAGCGGCCUGGAACAUCGUCACGACCGGCAACCCAGAGUCCGCCAAAAAUUUUGGCCGGGAUGAGCAUAUGGAACACGGUGACCGCUACAGACGGGCCCGCGAAUUUUAUGAUGUCGUCACUGGCUUGUGGGAUAGCUUUGCAGAUGAUGCCUUUGUCCGCGAUCAGCAGAGCGGCAUCUACUUUGACCCAGAGAAAAUGCACGUCCUAAACCACAAGGGCGACGAUUUGAAGGUGCGGGGACCGUUGAACAUCGCACGGCCCGUCCAGGGCUGGCCCGUCAUCGUUCAAGCUGGACAAUCCGAGCCAGGAAGGCAGUUGGCCGCGGAGACGGCUGAAGCUGUAUUCUGCUCGCCACGAGACCUGGAGUCCGCAAAGGCCCUGUAUACAGACAUCAAAGGGCGGGCGACCGCCGCGGGGCGCCAUCCCAAUCAUCUCAAGAUUCUGCCGGCCGCCUUCAUCGUCAUCGGCGACACGGUCGAGGAAGCCAAAUCGAAACGCCUGAAACUCGACAGCCUGGUCCACUACGAUAGCGCCAUUGCCUCUCUGUCGAUCGCGCUGGGGACUGAUACCUCCGGUUUCGACCCCGAUGGCCCCUUGCCGGCGGAUAUACCUGAAACCAAUGCGAGCAAAACCAGCCGUGAUUCAGUCUUGAAGCUCGCCAAGGAGGAAAACCUGACAGUUCGACAGCUUGCCCAGCGUUAUGGGGGCUAUUCCGGCCUUGCUUUUGUUGGGACACCGGAGACGGUCGCCGACGACAUGGGUACCUGGCUGGCCGAGGGGGCCGCUGAUGGGUUUACCGUCACUUUCCCAUUCCUGCCACAAGGGCUAGACGACGUUACCCAACGGCUCAUACCAGAAUUACAGCGCCGUGGUAUCUUUCGUCGCGAUUACGAAGGAACGACAUUACGGGAUCACUUUGGGCUCCCACGUCCAAAGAAUCGCUUCUCCUCCUGA